GCAAGUUGCUGACUGCAGGUCGGAGAAUUUUCGGAUUAUAAUCGUCACCUUGUCUGCAGGAACUAGACAGUUCACGGUUGACGUCUACAACAACACCGAAGAUGGCAGUCAAACAUCCAUGUCAGCCACUCAAUAACGACACCAUUUCGGACCAUCCACCCCGAGAUUCCGAAAAAACAUUAUUGGGAAUCUAUCCCGAUAACCGCGAAGUCGUCAUGGUCAAGUCGCCCAGUCUCAUGGAGGACAGUCAAAGAGCCCUGCCAACUGGGUUCAAUGUGACUCUUGGUGUUGAUGCUCUCAACCCGGAUUUCUCGCUCUCCGAUUUCUUGAAGUCUAAGGGAAUUAACAACUACACGGCAAUUGACGUUCCUCCGAAUCACAACGACCUGUAUCAAGCGCCUUAUCAGUGGACAACGCGCCGAAAGACAAUAACGCUCUGCGGAACGUUUAUUGCGUCCACACUAGCCGCCUACUCCGCGGGCGGCUACUCAAUGGCCUCCGAGCAACUCAAAGCGAAAUGGGACGUCUCGGACACCAAAUACAACCUCGGCAUCACCUUGUUUGUCGCUGGUUUCGGGUUCGCGCCGAUGAUUAUGGCACCCAUCAGCGAGAACUAUGGCCGAUACUGGGUCUUUGUUGGCGCAGGCGUCGUCUUCUUCCUGGGGACAUUGGGCUGCGCUGUCACGACUUCUUUUGCCGGCAUGCUCGUCUCUCGACUCAUUACCGGUAGCGGGGCCUCGAUCUUCGCAACCCUGACAGGGGGUGUGAUAGGGGAUUUAUUCCAUCAGGACCAGCGUAACACGCCCAUGGCUUUGUAUUCCGCAACCGUCAUGAUUGGAACUGGUUUAGGACCCCUCUUCAGUGGCAUUAUUGUCGAAAACCUCAGCUGGAACUGGGUCUUUUACCCGCAGCUGAUGACGAUUGGGCUAACGACUCUAUGCCUCUUCUUCUUCUUUUCCGAAACACGAAGCAACGUCAUUUUGAAGCAGAAGUGCAAUGCGCUCAACAAACUCAGAGACACAACACCGAAUUCGAUCGAAUCUGGCUUCACGCCAACGAACCCAUCCAUUUCUCAAAUCCAGUUCCGCCCUCAGAUUGGCGAGCAACCGAAACUUGGAGUCGGCAUUAUAUGGACCAGCUUUGCGUUCCCUCUCAAGCUGCUGGUUACGGAGCCAGUCGUAUUCUGGUUUUCCGCGUGGGUCUCUUUUGCAUGGGCGAUUCUCUACAUGCAAUUCACCAGCAUCGGUAUUGUGUUUCGUGAGGUGUACAAGUUCAACAACAGCGAGGUCGGCGCUGUGUACACGGCAGUGGUUGUCGGAUCGAUCCUGGGCGCGGCGUUGAGUAUAAUUCAAGACCCUAUACUACGAAAACUGUGGCCGCAUCGCAUGGCCAAACCCGAGGGCUGGCUAUACGCUUCUUGUGUAGAGUCUGUCUUGUUGCCAGUGGGCCUGUUCUGGUUUGGUUGGAGUGCAACCCCGGGGGUAUCAUGGGCCGUUCCUGCAUUGGCUAUCGGUUCGUGCACGAUGGGAAUCUUCAACAUCUAUUUGGCGGUGUUCAACUACCUCGCAGAAACCUACCAUCGGUACGCUUCCUCUGCACUUGCAGCGCAGAGCAUGUGCCGAAACCUGCUGGCUGGCGUCUUCCCGCUGUUUACUCACAUCAUGUUCCGAAACUUGUCAAAUGGGAUCGCUGGCAGUAUGCUGGGAUGCAUUGGGAUUCUUUUGACUGCGGUUCCCUGGUUGCUGUCGUUGUUUGGCGAGAAGAUCAGAGCACGAAGUCCGUUCGCGAGCCAAUUGAAAGAGGAGGGCUCCGAGUUAGAACCAGUUUAAGGGGUUUGCGUGGUUAAUGGGAAAUUGAAUGAUCAUGGCUGGAAAAUUUGACGUAAUAAUUACAAUGCUAC